AUGUCCGGCCAGGAAAAGUCUCCAUGCCGCAUCCUGGUCAUGGCCUCUGGCUUUGGCUCAAACUUCCAGGCGCUCAUAGACGCCGUUGACGAAGGAAAAACAAUACGAAACAGCCAGAUCAUCCGUCUCGUCACGAAUCGAAAAAACGCAUACGCCACCACGCGAGCAGAAGGCGCAGGCAAGAUGUCACCCUGCCUUUCGGGGCUCCAUGCAUUAUCUAACACGACGCCAGGUAUUCCUUGGGAUUACUUCAAUCUCAUUAGCCACGGAUUUCUGCCCAAGGGAGAAAAAGACGAGCAGAAAAUCGCCGAGGCUCGUGAGAGGUAUGACGCCGCGCUGGCCAAGAGGGUACUGUCGGCGGAUGACAAACCGCCCGAGCUGAUUGUUCUCGCGGGGUGGAUGCACAUAUUUUCAAAGGAGUUCCUGGAACCGAUGGAGAAGGCAGGGGCGAGGAUCAUUAACCUUCACCCUGCAUUACCCGGGGAGUUUGACGGAGCUAAUGCCAUCGAGCGGGCUUAUGAAGAGCUUACGGCUGGACGGUUAACACGCACUGGUAUCAUGGCCCACUAUGUCAUUAAAGAGGUGGAUAGGGGUACUCCUAUUGUGGUUGAAGAGAUUGAGUGGAAGGGCGAGACGCUCGAGGAACUAAAAGACAAGAUACAUUCCUGUGAGCACAAGCUGAUUGUUGAUGCGACGGCAAAGGUGGUUGAUGAGAUAUUGGAAGGGAGGGCAAAGGAAACGUAA